CUAAAUUUCUGUCAUGUUUUGAUGCUAUUGUUUGAUUAGUUGUUUCUCCAUCGCAGGACAUUAGGGUUUCGAGUCUACUCCUAUGGAUACGGAUCAAGAGAUGAGUCAAAAUCCUCCUCCGUAUGAACAUGUUUGUGCUGAUGACACUAACCACAAAUUUUGGGAGAAUGACGGUGAUGAUCAUGUGAAGGAGAAUGGUAACAGAAGCUCCUUCACUCCUGGUGAAACGGAUCUGAACCAACUCCAGGCGAUUCCACCGGUUUCUUAUGGGCAAGGUUUGCCUUUUGCACCAGUUGAUUUUCCGAGCCCAAGCGAUGUUUGGACGUGGAGAGUUGGGAGGAGAGUGAGUGCUACUGGGUUUCAUAAGGAUAGGUUCCUCAUCCUCCCUGAUAGGCUUAAGAUGAAGAAUGUACCAAAGUCAUUUGCUAGCAAAAACACUCUUUCUCGUUAUCUCGCGACGAAUUUCCCUGAGAUGGAUGUUAAUGCCUUUUUUGCAUCUUUUUGCUGGAACAUCCCUGGCUUUGUUUCAACCUGCUGAUAGAGAUCAUUGACGCUGCAUCUCUGUUUGAAGAGACAUCCAAAGAAGGUGAGGAUGGAAGGAAGAGACACCUAAAGCAACUCGACGACCUACCGGCAGGAAAAAGAAAGAGAAAGAAGCCACCAAAAAGAAGCCAUCCUCUUGGAGACGC